CCCUUGGAGGUGGAGCACAGUCGAGCUCCACCAGUACCACCAUCACCGUGGUCCAUGGCCAAUCGUCGUUUUCGUCGGGACCCACUUAUUCUGUGACGUCUCUCUGUAUAUCAUUUGUUGAAAAUUUUUAAUCAUUUUUUUUUGUAUAAAAAGGGUAAAUGAUCUCAGUUUUGCUGUCCACAUUUCAACACAACUCUUUGGCUCUCUGAAUCUAUGUAAUGGGAGCUCAACAGGGUGGGCCAAGGUCUCUGAGCUGAAGAAUAUCGCAAGAAUCCUUCUUUGGGGUCAUGAAUACGGGUGGUCGACUCAUUGCAGGGUCUCACAACAGGAAUGAGUUCGUUCUCAUCAACGCCGACGAGAAUGCCAGGAUACGGUCAUUACAAGAACUGAGUGGCCAAACAUGCCAAAUCUGUGGUGAUGAUAUCGAACUAUCGGUUAACGGCGAGCUAUUUGUUGCCUGCAACGAGUGCGCGUUUCCGGUUUGUAGGCCUUGCUACGAGUAUGAACGUAGAGAAGGAAACCAAGCUUGUCCUCAGUGCAAAACCCGUUACAAACGGAUUAAAGGUAUUCCACGUGUCCAAGGAGAUGACGAAGAGGACGAUGAUGAUGAUCUUGAUCAUGAUGGGAUGAUGGACCCUGAACUUGUUGCCGAAGCCGCUCUCUCUUCACGUCUUAACACCGGUCGUGGUGGUUCACCUGGAUCUCAGAUUCCUCUCUUGACUUACGGUGAUGAGGAUGACGAUAUGUAUUCUGAUCGUCAUGCUCUUAUCCUCCCUCCUUCGACUGGAUAUGGGAAUCGAGUCCAUCCUGCACCGUUUACAGAUUCUUAUGCACCUUCACAAGCAAGAUCAAUGGUUCCUCAGAAAGAUAUUGCGGAAUAUGGAUAUGGAAGUGUUGCUUGGAAGGAUAGAAUGGAAGUCUGGAAGAAGCGACAAGCCGAAAAGCUUCAUGUCAUUAAACAUGAUGGCGACGAGCUGGAUGAUCCUGACAUGCCUAUGAUGGAUGAAGGUAGACAGCCUCUGUCAAGAAAGCUACCCAUUCGUUCAAGCAGAAUAAAUCCUUACAGGAUGUUGAUUCUGUGUCGGCUGGCCAUUCUCUGUCUUUUCUUCCAUUACAGAAUUCUACAUCCAGUAAAUGAUGCUUAUGGAUUAUGGUUAACAUCAGUUAUAUGUGAGAUAUGGUUCGCCGUUUCUUGGAUUCUUGACCAGUUUCCCAAAUGGUAUCCUAUACAACGCGAAACAUACCUUGACAGACUCUCUCUCAGGUACGAGAAGGAAGGCAAACCGUCGGGAUUAGCACCUGUUGAUGUGUUUGUGAGCACGGUGGAUCCAUUGAAAGAACCACCGUUGAUUACAGCAAACACCGUUCUUUCGAUUCUUGCCGUUGACUAUCCCGUGGACAAGGUUGCGUGCUAUGUGUCUGAUGAUGGAGCAGCGAUGCUUACCUUUGAAGCUCUUUCAGAUACAGCCGAGUUUGCUAGAAAAUGGGUUCCGUUUUGUAAAAAGUUCAGUAUCGAGCCACGAGCACCUGAGUGGUAUUUUUGCCAGAAGAUGGAUUACUUGAAGAACAAAGUUCAUCCUUCUUUUGUCAGGGAACGUCGUGCUAUGAAGAGAGAUUAUGAGGAGUUUAAGGUGAAGAUAAAUGCAUUGGUGGCUACUGCACAGAAAGUGCCUGAGGAAGGUUGGACUAUGCAAGAUGGUACUCCUUGGCCUGGCAACAAUGUCCGGGACCAUCCCGGCAUGAUUCAGGUGUUCUUGGGGCAUAGUGGAGUUCGUGAUACAGAUGGGAAUGAGUUACCUCGUCUAGUGUACGUUUCUCGUGAGAAGCGGCCUGGAUUUGAUCACCAUAAGAAAGCUGGUGCUAUGAACUCUUUGAUCCGAGUCUCUGCUGUUCUAUCAAACGCGCCUUACCUUCUAAACGUGGACUGUGAUCACUACAUCAACAACAGCAAGGCGAUUAGAGAAGCAAUGUGUUUCAUGAUGGAUCCUCAGUCCGGAAAGAAAGUUUGCUACGUUCAGUUUCCUCAGAGGUUUGACGGGAUUGAUAGACACGAUCGAUACUCAAAUCGCAACGUGGUGUUCUUCGAUAUUAACAUGAAGGGUCUUGAUGGGAUACAAGGACCAAUAUACGUCGGGACAGGUUGCGUCUUUAGAAGACAAGCGCUAUAUGGUUUUGAUGCACCGAAAAAGAAGAAACCACCAGGCAAAACAUGCAACUGUUGGCCUAAAUGGUGUUGUUUGUGUUGUGGGUUGAGAAAGAAGGGUAAAACAAAGGCUAAAGAUAACAAAACAAACCUUAAAGACACUACUUCAACGCAGAUUCAUGCUGUGGAGAACAUCCAAGAAGGUGCCAUCGUUGCAGUGUCAAACGUUGGGAAGAGAUCUGAAGCAAACCAAUUGAAACUGGAGAAGAAGUUCGGACAAUCUCCGGUUUUCGUAGCUUCUGCUGUUAUGCAAGAAGGUGGAGUUCCUCGUAACGCAAGCCCCGCGUGUUUGUUGAGAGAAGCCAUUCAAGUCAUUAGCUGCGGAUACGAAGAUAAAACCGAAUGGGGCAAAGAGAUUGGGUGGAUUUAUGGAUCGGUUACUGAAGAUAUCUUAACCGGUUUCAAGAUGCAUUGCCAUGGGUGGAGAUCUGUAUACUGUAUGCCAAAGCGUCCAGCCUUCAAAGGAUCAGCUCCAAUUAACUUGUCUGAUCGUCUUCAUCAAGUCCUACGUUGGGCUCUCGGCUCUGUGGAGAUUUUCUUGAGCAGGCACUGUCCCAUAUGGUACGGUUACGGUGGUGGUUUAAAAUGGUUAGAGAGAUUCUCUUACAUCAACUCUGUUGUCUACCCAUGGACUUCACUCCCACUCAUCGUCUACUGCUCUCUACCAGCUGUCUGUCUACUCACCGGAAAAUUCAUCGUCCCCGAGAUAAGCAACUACGCGGGGAUCCUCUUCAUGCUCAUGUUCAUGUCCAUAGCGGUAACUGGGAUCCUCGAGAUGCAAUGGGGAGGCGUGGGGAUCGACGACUGGUGGAGAAACGAGCAGUUCUGGGUGAUAGGAGGAGCCUCUUCGCAUCUCUUUGCUCUCUUUCAAGGUUUGCUCAAAGUUCUAGCUGGAGUUGACACUAACUUCACGGUCACGUCAAAAGCAGCAGACGAUGGAGCUUUCUCUGAGCUUUACAUCUUCAAAUGGACGACUCUGUUGAUUCCUCCGACGACGCUUCUGAUCAUAAACAUCAUCGGAGUUAUUGUUGGUGUUUCGGAUGCAAUUAGCAAUGGUUAUGACUCUUGGGGACCUCUCUUUGGGAGGCUCUUCUUCGCUCUUUGGGUCAUUGUUCAUUUGUACCCGUUCCUCAAGGGUAUGCUUGGGAAGCAAGAUAGGAUGCCUACGAUUAUUGUGGUUUGGUCCAUUCUUCUUGCUUCCAUCUUGACGCUCUUGUGGGUUAGAGUUAAUCCGUUUGUGGCGAAAGGUGGACCGGUGCUGGAGAUCUGUGGACUGAGCUGUGGAAACUAG